AUGUCCAAUUCUCACAAAGAAGGGCGAUAUUUGGUUGGAGGCACAGUCUAUGAGAAACAGUAUCGAUCGAACACCCGGAGUGGACGGCCUAUAGGCUUGAAGGACCGGGAGAUGAUGCGUUAUUGCAGUGCACCCCUCGAAGAAGCAGCCCCUCGAAUUAUGCCAGAUGGACCAUUUCUGACUCUUGAUUAUUUGACGACAGACCCUUCUUUCUGGCGCCGAGGCAUCGGGAGAAUGCUCGUGCAAAGCGAGUUGUAG